GAAUGAGAUUCGAACUCAUUUUUUAAGGAGAUAAGUGCCUUAAUGGGACUUAAUUGUACUAAAAAUAAAAAUAAAAAGAAAAAAACUCAAUUUUUUCACAUGAAAGUGGUAGGGUCUAAUUUUUAUAAUUAAAAGUUGAAGAGUGAAUAUAUAGCAAUUAUUAUAUAGUUGGGGGGUUCGUUUUGCAAUUUGUCCAAAAUAUAUCUACUCUCUUUUUGCUUGCUCUGCUCCGCCGCUCUCCGCCCUAGAAUUGCGAAGAUUAUGGACCGAAUGGCUUCGAAUAUGCUUGAUGAAGCUCUAGGUCUCGAUGAUCCGGCCAAGCCUUCGCCUCUGAUUGGUCGCCUGUUGCUCGUCGAGGACUGCGUCGAAACCAGCGGUGCUUUCCUUCUUCAUCACCUUCUCAAGCGCUCUCUUUCGUCUCCUCAAUCAUCCAAUGCCGUUAUCUUCAUCGCAUUCUCUCAGUYCUUCGCCCACUACGAUCGUGUGCUUCGGAAAUUGGGCUGUAACUUAGUUGCUCAAAGGGACAGCGGUAGGUUCAUUUUCUUUGACAUGCUAACGCUGGGCUGUUCAGAUAGAAGCGGAAAGGAAACUGAUGAAGGAGUUCUUGUUGGUCUGUACUGCAAAAUUCAGAGAGCUGUGAAUGCCUUAAUUCAACAGAACAAAAAGCAUGUCACCAUUGUGAUAGAUGACAUACCUCUUUUGGAGGUUGCUGCAAAUGGCUCUUCAAAUCAUGUCUUAGACUUCCUUCAUUAUUGCCACACUUUAACAUCAGAAAUUGGUUGUUCCUUAAUUGCACUUAAUCACGAAGAUGUGUACAUGGACACUGAGAGGCCACGGAUUCUACAGAUGGAGUACCUUGCUGAUGUUUUGAUAAAAGUAGGACCACUAGCCACUGGUAUAGCAAAGGACGUUCAUGGGCAGUUGACAGUUCUGAACAAACCAGUCGGAGGCCUGCAAGACAACUUGAGAAACAGAGUGCGCAAUUUUCAGUUUUACAUCAAGGAAAAUGGUACUGAAUUCUUUUAUUCUGGAAGCAGAACUUGAGGAAAGAUUUGGGCAAGAACAGUUCAGAGAUGAAAUACAUAUUUAUGGCUUUGUUGCGCCUUUGUGCCUUUGUUACGGUAAAGUGGCCCGACUUCGAGCAUCUGAUGAUACUCUUCAUGAUGCAAUUAGAAGGCGCUCUAUUGAGAUUCUCGUGGACAGAAAAGAACUGCUUGCAGCCCAUUUGCUCCGAUGGAAACCACCAAAAACUACUAGCUUUCCUCUUUAUUUACAUUAUAACAAAUGGUAAAUUUUGUGUUCUUCCGAUGUUAAAUGAAAAUUUCUCCCUCUUGUUGUUGUUCUA